UCCUAUUUGCAUAAGCACUGUUCUCCACCUUCUUGCCCAUAAUGUAAUUUUUAUAAAAUUUCCCACAAACUCUUGUGUCUGAGGAAACAGCUUUUCUCUGUGACAUAUCUUGCUGUCUAUAUCCAACUAUGCUCUUUCUCAGCUCAAAAUUGGUCACCCUCGAACUGUUCUUCACUAGCAUUUGCACUGUCACCAUGGUCCCCCAAACCACAACAAGUUGCUUUUGGUGAUUUUUGCAUACAAUGGUGUCUACCUGUUUGCCGUCCACCGUGCCAUGUGGGGAUGAUCUACAGUAUGCAUGGCUCACAUUGGCUGACUACACAUAAGCUGUGGUGGGAGCAUUUUUAUUUUUUGAGACAGAGUGUAGACCACAAUGACCCAAAACUCCCAGCAAUCUUCCUUUCUCUGCUUCCCAAGUGCUGUGACUAAAUGUGUGUGACAACAUCUCUCUCUCUCUCUCUUUUUUUUUUUUUUUUUUUUUUUUUGGUUUUUUGAGACAGGGUUUCUCUGUAUAGCCCUGGCUGUCCUGGAACUCACUCUGUAGACCAGGCUGGCCUCCAACUCAGAAAUCUGCCUGCCGCCUCUGCCUCCCGAGUGCUGGGAUUAUAGGCGUGCACCACCACGCCAGGCUGACACCAUCUCUUGAUAUGGGAUCAUUUAUAUGUCACCAGCACAAGUUCUUUACCUCUCCAAGGGUCUGUUUACCAGGACAGCAUAACUCUGAUCUGAGAAGCAGACAAGACCUCUUUUUGGGUGGGGCUCACACUGUGGUGUGCCAGAAUAGAGACUGUGACUUUUUUUUUUUUUUUGUGAUAGGGUUUCUCUGUGUAACCCUGGCUAUCCUGGGACUCACUCUGUAGACCAGGCUGGCCUCAAAUUCAGAAAUCCGCCUGACUCUGCCUCCCAAGUGCUGGGAUCAAAGGUGUGUGCCACCACGCCCAGCCUAAGACUGUGACUUACAAAGGGCUUGCUGUUAUGGUUUGGGAGAAGAAUAUUAUAUAUGUGUAAAUCAUGAUAUUAGAUAAACUCGUUUGAAUGCAGCCCUGUUUGUGGGACUCUUCAUGGAUGAUGUAUUCAGAAUUCCUCACCUUGCAGUACCCUUGGCCCUGGGCUACCCUAUAACUUAGGCAAAGCUCUUAAAAUGACAUUUGUUAUCCGGGAGGCUGAAGAAUGGUUGUUACAAGAUUAUCUGAGGAGCUUGAAUUGGAAUAAGCAAGACUCAGUGAGGCCUCUUGGACAUCUUAAAAAUUUCCUGUGUCCUGAAUUUAACCCUAGCUCUUAGGAGAAAUAGAUUUAAUAGUUUUCCUUCAGCAUCCUUGAAGGAACUGAUAUACACUACAGUUUGUAUUUUGAUGAAGUUCAGCAUCCAUUACAGGACCCCAGAGAGGUUUUGCUGAGGCAGGAGUUGGAGGAGGGCUGGGAUCAAUAUCUUAGAGACACAUCAGUGGGCUGGUUAGGGUUGCCCUAAAUGUAUCCUUUUCUUAAAUGUAUACCUUUCUUCAUCUGGGGUCCUUCUCGGUGAGCCAUAGCCAGCUCCUGUCAGAGGACAGGUGAGUAAAAGAUUCCUAUCACCCACAUUGGGGAAGGGAGUCAGUCCCUUUAAAGGGGGAGUGGUUAGGUCAUGAUGCUCUAGCCUGGGAUUUGGACUCUUCCCAAAAUUAGGUUCUUAGAUGCCUGUGGCUUGUCUUUGGACCCUCAGAGCCGCCAAAGUACCUAUUGAGAGGUACCCAUCAGUCAGUCCUCAGCUCUUUACCUGUUCCAUUUGCUUGGGUCUCAGAUCCUGGCUUCAGUAACAUGAGAUCCAAGACCAGAUCAAGGGAUUCAAAGACUUUGCUUUUGAUUGCUGAUAAGCAUACCCAAACACCUAUGUCUGCCUAUGAACUCCUAUAAUUGCCUAAGAGCAUGCAUGAACACCUAUGACUUUAUGAGCACAUAUGGGCACCAAGUGUUAGAGGAAGGGUCACUUUGGCUUUGCUUUUCUCCUAUUUUUAGAGAAGACUCAGGAGGCUUGAAAGCCUUGCCAAUCACUCACUUAUGCCCAACUGUAGGGCAUUAGCAGAUGAUAGUGCACAUGAAUUUUCAGUGUGCUCUAAGUACUCAUAUAUGCUCAUGAGAUUCUCACUUGUUCUUUUUGUUUUUGUUUUGUUUCUUGAGGCAGGGUUUCUCUUUGUAGCUCUUACUGUCCUGGGACUCACUCUGUAGACCAGGCUGGUUUGGAACUUGUAGAGAUCCACCUGCCUCUGCUUCUCGAGUGCUGAGACUACAGUUGUCCUACCCCAGGAUGUACUGGUUCAGGACAUGUGCGGGGCAAGUACUCCAGACAUCGAAGCUUACAGAGUUGCCCUCUGGCCAAGAAGAGAAAACUGGAGGAUGCUGAGACUGAGCACCUGGUAUCCAAGAGGAAGUCACACCCUCUGAGGCUGGCUCUGGAUGAGGGUUACCGCAUGGACAGUGAUGGCAGUGAGGAUGCUGAAGUGAAGGACGUCUCUGUUUCAGAUGAAUCAGAAGGACCCCUGGAGGAGGCUGAGGCUGAGAUGUCAGGACAGGAGGAGAUUCAUCACCCACAGACAGCUGAAGGAAAAAGCCUCAUCAAGCCCCAUUUUGACUCCAACCCCACAAGCAGCCCUUCUGGCUUCUCCAAGAGCAGCUACAGUAGCUACCAGGGGAUCAUUGCAACUUCCCUCCUAAAUCUGGGCCAAAUUGCUGAAGAGGCCCUUGUGAAGGAGGAUUCCGUCUCAGUAGCUAAGUUGAGCCCCACUGUUGUUCAUCAGCUUCAGGAUGAGGCUGCAAUGGGGGUCAACAGUGACGAGGGUGAAAAGGACCUCUUUAUACAGCCAGAAGAUGUGGAGGAGGUCAUUGAAGUCACAAGUGAACGUUCCCAGGAGCCAUGCCCCCAGUCUCUGAAGGAUAUGGUUAGUGAAGAGUCAAGUAAGCAGAAAGGAGUCCUAGGUCAUGAGGAGGAGGGAGAGGAGGAGGAAGAAGAUGAAGAAGAAGAGGAUGAGGAGGAGGAGGAGGAGGGAGAGGAAGGAGAAGAAGAAGAGGAGGAGGAGGAGGAAGAAGAGGAGGAGGAAGAUGAAGAGGAAGAGGAGGAGGAGGAGGAAGCAGCUCCAAAUGUUAUCUUUGGGGAAGACACCUCCCAUACCUCUGUCCAGAAGGCGUCUCCUGAGUUCCGAGGCCCAGAGCUAUCUAGUCCUAAACCUGAGUACUCAGUCAUCGUGGAGGUUCGCUCUGAUGAUGACAAGGAUGAGGAUUCACGCUCCCAGAAGUCAGCAGUCACAGAUGAAUCAGAAAUGUAUGACAUGAUGACCCGUGGGAAUUUAGGCCUUCUGGAACAGGCCAUUGCCCUGAAGGCUGAGCAGGUGCGAGCGGUCUGUGAGUCUGGCUGUCCACCUGCUGAGCAGGGCCAUCUGGGCCCAGGAGAGCCAGGGAAAAUGGCAAAGCCCCUGGACGUGGUGAGGAAGAGCUGCUACAGCAAAGAUCCUUCCAGGGUGGAGAAGCGUGAAAUCAAGUGUCCGACACCUGGCUGUGAUGGCACUGGCCAUGUUACUGGAUUGUACCCUCAUCACCGCAGCCUGUCUGGCUGUCCCCACAAGGAUAGAAUCCCUCCAGAGAUCUUGGCCAUGCAUGAAAAUGUACUGAAGUGCCCUACUCCUGGCUGCACGGGCCAAGGCCAUGUGAACAGCAACCGCAAUACUCACAGAAGUUUAUCUGGAUGUCCCAUUGCUGCUGCUGAAAAAUUAGCCAAAUCUCAUGAGAAGCAGCAAUUGCAGACAGGAGAUCCUCCCAAAAAUAACUCCAAUUCAGAUCGGAUCCUCAGGCCCAUGUGUUUUGUGAAGCAGCUUGAGGUUCCACCUUAUGGGAGCUACAGACCCAAUGUGGCUCCCGCCACGCCCAGGGCCAACUUGGCCAAGGAGCUGGAGAAGUUCUCCAAAGUCACCUUUGACUACGCAAGUUUUGAUGCUCAGGUUUUUGGCAAACGUAUGCUUGCCCCAAAGAUUCAGACCAGCGAAACCUCACCCAAAGCCUUCCAAUGCUUCGAUUACUCUCAUGAUGCUGAGGCUGCACACAUGGCUGCCACAGCCAUCCUGAACCUCUCCACUCGAUGUUGGGAGAUGCCAGAGAACCUCAGCACAAAGCCACAGGACCUCCCCAGCAAGGCUGUGGACAUUGAGGUAGAUGAAAAUGGAACUCUGGACUUGAGCAUGCAUAAACAUCGCAAGCGGGAAAACACUUUCCCCAGCAGUAGCAGCUGCAGUAGCAGCCCUGGUGUCAAGUCUCCUGAUGUCUCUCAACGUCAGAGCAGUACCAGUGCCCCCAGCAGCUCUAUGACCUCACCCCAGUCCAGCCAGGCCUCUCGCCAGGAUGAGUGGGACCGUCCUCUAGACUACACCAAACCUAGUCGGCUUCGAGAGGAAGAGCCUGAGGAGUCAGAGCCAGCAGCACACUCUUUUGCUUCUUCUGAAGCAGAUGAUCAGGAGGUGUCAGAAGAGAACUUUGAGGAGCGGAAGUAUCCAGGGGAAGUCACCCUAACCAACUUUAAGCUGAAGUUUCUUUCCAAGGACAUAAAGAAGGAACUUCUCACCUGUCCCACCCCCGGCUGUGACGGCAGUGGCCAUAUCACCGGGAACUAUGCCUCCCAUCGCAGCCUCUCUGGUUGCCCUCUUGCUGACAAGAGCCUCAGAAACCUCAUGGCUGCCCACUCUGCUGACCUCAAGUGCCCCACACCUGGCUGUGAUGGCUCUGGCCACAUAACAGGGAACUAUGCUUCACACCGGAGUUUGUCAGGCUGCCCACGUGCCAAGAAGAGUGGACUCAAGGUGGCGCCUACCAAGGAUGACAAGGAGGACCCCGAGUUGAUGAAGUGCCCAGUUCCAGGCUGUGUGGGGCUCGGCCACAUCAGCGGCAAAUAUGCCUCUCACAGGAGUGCUUCUGGCUGCCCACUGGCUGCUCGGAGGCAGAAAGAGGGAGCUCUCAAUGGUUCAUCUUUCUCGUGGAAGUCGCUGAAGAAUGAGGGCCCUACUUGCCCCACCCCAGGUUGCGACGGCUCUGGCCAUGCCAACGGCAGUUUCCUCACCCACCGAAGUUUGUCUGGCUGUCCCAGAGCAACCUUUGCUGGAAAGAAAGGAAAACUCUCAGGGGAUGAGAUUCUCAGCCCAAAGUUCAAGACAAGUGAUGUGCUGGAGAAUGAUGAGGAGAUCAAGCAGCUAAAUCAGGAGAUACGAGACUUAAAUGAGUCCAAUUCGGAAAUGGAGGCUGCCAUGGUGCAGCUGCAGUCUCAGAUCUCGUCCAUGGAGAAGAACCUGAAGAACAUCGAGGAGGAGAACAAGCUCAUUGAGGAGCAGAAUGAGGCCCUGUUUCUGGAAUUGUCCGGGCUUAGCCAAGCCCUCAUCCAAAGUCUUGCCAAUAUUCGCCUUCCACACAUGGAACCAAUAUGUGAACAGAAUUUUGACGCCUAUGUGAACACCCUCACUGACAUGUACUCCAAUCAGGACUGCUACCAGAAUCCGGAGAACAAAGGCCUUCUGGAAACGAUCAAGCAAGCUGUGAGGGGCAUUCAGGUCUAGGCUGCACUGCACACAGGAGUCUGCUCUGCUCCUCACAGCAAGGACCCUGACUUCUAGCUACUUCUAAUUGGAAGCCUGGGUGCAGCCUUGUGCAGCUUACCCAAAGGGGAGCCUGGGAAUCAGUGUCUCCUAUGAUGUCCUCAUUAGGCCCAGGCAUGAAGACCUCUCUGUGUGAGUGCCUGGGGACACUGAAGUAUUGCAAAGUGACUUAUUUUUGUUUUUGUUCUUUGUUUUUUGUUUUUUUAAAAGAAGUCUGAAGAGCAGCUCAAAGUCUCCGGUGGAAGCUCAUGGACAAGGUUCUCACUCAGGGAAGUUUUGGAGUUUGCAGCCACAGUAUUCCAUUGUUUGUCAAGGUUGGGAGGGCAGCCAUGGCCCUGCUGGGUGUUAGUCUCAGCAGGAGGGCAUGCCUAGGUUUCUGACUAUGCUCACUGAAGCCCACAUGACAAGUAUGUUUUGUGUUUUCAUUUAAUUCAACUUUGUGUUAAAGGUGCACAAUACUCUGCUUCAGAGGUGAAUCUAGGAACAGGCUUCCCAGAUGGCAGUCUACACAGUUGAUGAGCAUCAUAGAAAGUCAGCUGGAGGUUUUUUUUUGUUUUCAGUUGGAGGCCCUGAAAAAUCGGCCACUUACUUGGGCAGCAGAUGCCUUUAAGCUGUGCAGAUCUGCUUUCUCCUGGCUCCAGUUUUUAACCCCUGGCUUGGGCUCUAAGUCCAAGACCACUGGGCCAAACCUCUGGUUUCCGUACCUCCAUCCAGGUGCUGGACCCAUCAUUGUAUCUUUUCCUGCAUAGGUUUGCUCCUUGUAUCCAAGGUGACUGCAGUGGGGCAGGAGACCAGUGGUAAAUUGUUACAGGGAGACCACCAAGAUUUCACUUCUUUAUAGGUUCAUUUAAGAUGUGAAAAGGAUAAAUUUUAAUUUAAUGUGUUAAAAACACAAUGUUCUUACUGUGUAAAUAGAGUCCAAGUCAAUUGUGACUGCAAUUCCAAAUUAGUAUUUAAAAGUAGAGAAAUUGCACUUCCUGGAAGACACUGAAAGUAGUUAGUUUAUUCUGUAAAUUAUUUAAUUUUGUCAUAAGUAUUUAUAUUCUUACCCUCUUAUGUUAAUGUUUGCUAUUUAUUAUUUUUAUUUAUUUAUUUUAUACUAUAUCAACUAGAUGACACACUAGGGCACCAUAAGAGUUAAAUAAGUUAAAUUGAAACAAAAACAUUUAUUUGACUAUAAGAUAGGCCACAAAGAAUCUUGAUAUAACUUCUAGUUAUAAUUUUGAUGCAACCGAGUUAUUUUUUAUAUAUUUUGUUAUUUAUUCUUUUAAUAAUGGAAUUUUUUAAAAAAGUAUUUUGUAACUGAAGAAUUUUGAUAAUUUGGGUUUUUCUCCCCAUUGGUCCACCAGAGAGAAAGGUGUUUGGUUUUCUUUUUCCCUUUGGGUUCCUUUUGUCAGGCCAAUAACAGCAAAUGGAAUUCUGUAUUUAUUAUUAUUUAAGUGUAGUGCAGAUGUGUGUGCUCUGGUGUUUCUUGUGUUGCAUUUGUGGAGGUUCUCAUGGAUGAUUCAUGUUGCUGUGAGGGAGUGCUGGCCAUGGUCAGUUCUAGGCAAUGGACUCGCUGGCCAAGCUGCCCAGGAUCUUGAUACCCCAAUACUGUGACCCUCCUUCCUCAGGAAACACGUUGGACUCACAGUACCUCGUGGUGUGUUUGGAGGGUGAUUUCUAAUAAAAGUCUCACUGUGCAUA